AUGGGAGAUACUAAUAACACCAAUCCUUUGGAUGUUAAUGAUGGAAGUGAUGAUUCAGUUGAAGAAAUUGGUCCUGAAAGUAUAUCACAAGGUGUUGAGAGUACUUCCACUAAGCAAAGGAAAAAAAGGAAAAAAACUUCAGAUGUUUGGAGAAGUUUUGAAAUGCUGCCACAAAAACCAAAUGAGCCCUUGUAUUGUAAGUGCAAAAAAUGUGGGGCAAAAUAUCAGGCAAAAAGCGAAAAUGGAACAGGUAAUCUACGUCGUCAUCGAGAUUCAUGUGAUAUCUCAAAUACUAGAGAUAUCGGACAAUAUAUGAUUUCUUCCAACAAUGGUGUUAUGGCUACAAGAAAUCCAAAGUUUAGUCAAGAAACAUUCCGGGAAAUGGUGACUCAUGCUAUGGUUAGACAUGACUUGCCAUUCUCUUUUGUUGAGUACGAAGGAGUUAGAAAUUUUUGCAAAUACUUGGAACCAGAAGCGAGUCUUGUUUGUAGGAACACAGCAAAGUCUGAUAUCCAAAAAUUAUAUACUACUCAACAAAAAAGACUCCGAGAUGAGUCGCUUAGAUGUCCUAGUAGAAUAUGCUUGACUUCUGAUGCUUGGACCUCAAUCGUUACAGAUGGUUAUUUGAGUUUGACUGCCCACUAUGUUGAUAGCAGUUGGGUCUUACAAAAGAGAAUUUUAAACUUUUCCCACUUUCCUCCUCCACAUACGGGUGUAGCUAUAGCCGAAAAGUUGGGUGAAUUGAUUAAAAGUUGGGGAAUUGAAAAGAAAUUGUUUUCUAUAACUUUGGAUAAUGCAGCAUCCAAUGAUGUAUGUGUUGAGUUGCUUAAGAAUCAGUUUCGUUUGAUGAAUUCUUUGGUAUAUGAUGGCAAGUUAUUUCAUCUUAGAUGUUGUGCACAUAUUUUGAAUCUGAUUGUACAAGAUGGUUUGAAACAAAUUGAUGUUGCGGUGGAAAAAGUUAGAGAUUCUGUGAAGUAUAUCAAGGGAUCUACACUAAGAAAAGAUCGAUUUAUUCAGAUUUGCUCGCAAAAUCUUCUUGACUACAAAAAGGCUUUGGUUCAAGAUGUUCCUACUAGAUGGAAUUCCACUUAUAAGAUGCUUUCUUGUGCACUUUAUUAUCGUCUAGCUUUUUCUCAUUUGAGCUUGAGUGAUUCGAACUUUCAAACUUGCCCAUCCUCUGAUGAAUGGGAUAGAGUUGAGAAAAUGUGUAGUUUUCUUAAAGUGUUUCAUGAUGCAACUCUUCAGUUUUCUGGAUCUUUGUAUCCUACUUCAAAUUUGUAUUUCCCUCAAAUAUUUGGAAUACAUUUGAAGUUGGUUGAAACGAAAGAUAGUCCUAAUGAGUAUAUGAAAAAAAUAGCUACUCAAAUGUGGAGUAAAUUUAGCAAAUAUUGGGCUGACAUCAAUCUUUUGUUAGCUAUAGCUGUGGUGUUUGAUCCGCGAUAUAAGUUCUCUUUUGUUGAGUUUAGCUAUAAAAAGUUGUAUUGUGAAGGUUCAUCACAAUUGAAGAGGGUUGAGGAAGCACUUUUUGCACUUUUUGAUGAAUAUAUGCAAGCUUCUCAAGAAAGUAGUGUUGGAAAUGUUGGAGGUGGUAGUGGUAGUGGCGACUUUAAUUCUCGACAAGCUAGUGUUGGAAAUGUUGGAGGAGGCUCUAAUCAUAGUAUUCUUGAGGAGUUUGAUGAAUACGAUAAUGAUGAUAUGGAUUCGACCAAAAAACGUCAAUUGCAAGUAUAUCUUCUUGAGCCAAGAACUAAAAGAACUUCUUCCAUUAACAUACUUGAGUUUUGGCAAUCCCAACAGUAUAGGUAUCCAGAAUUAGCUAAAUUAGCUAUGGAUAUACUCUGUGUUCCCGUUUCAACAGUAGCAUCUGAAUCAGCUUUUAGCCUCGGUGGAAGAGUUUUGAAUGAGUAUCGAAGUUCCAUGAAGCCUGACAUUGUUGAAGCUAUAAUUUGUAGUAGGGAUUGGUUGUUUGGAGAAAAAGGUAGUAUUUAUAAUUUAUUGUUUACUUAUAUUAACUAUUAG